AGUGUUGGACCAAUGCUCGGCACCGUGGUCGGGCACCGGGUCCCGUCACUGACACGAACGAGGUCGACGAGCUUUAUCGAUGCAAACAGUCGUCGUCGAUGCGGAAACAAACGGAAAGUACUUGCAACUGAAGCACGCAUAACGAAGUGACCUUAACCUUUCGCGAGCACCUUUACCAACCUUCAACCAGCCUCUAGCCACCCAACCCCUGAAACUCAUCCAAUAACACUCAGUAUGGUUCAAACAAGAUCCGACCACGCCGAAGAGUCCAGACACAUCAUCUCGACCACAUCAGCUGCUACUGGCGAGAUCUUCUACUAUGAAAGAUACUACGUCUAUGAAGAAGAGGCCGAAGUCUUGUACGUCGAGCAGCGUUUAAACGAGCACGGCAAGUUCGUGCCAUACACCAGCGACAAAGAAGAAGAAGAGGAGGAGGAAGAACAAGACGAAGAAGACAAUGGUAGCCAGGACAAGAGCGCCAUGAAGCUUGACAGGGACUACAAGGGCGAGGACUCUGCUCCUGGGAUCAACGAAGACGACGGUUAUGUCGCACCUGAAGAGAAGAAGCGUGCUCCUACACGCCACAAGGCUGUCAUCAAGCAGCCAAUUGGACCACCUACGAAGGUUGGCCAGGAGAACCAAGUUGAGACCCGCCGCAAGCCGGCAAGAGCUCUCGAAGGCGGAAAGGAGGACAAGGGAGACUACGAUGACUCGAGCUAUCCUGCCUUCGAGCCAAACGAGGGUCUUGAAAGAGUCCUCUUGUUGGUCACCGACCUCGAAGCCGCCUCGCUCAACUGUAAGCGCAGAAAGAGGAGUCUGCUGAAGAACUUCCGCCUGGCAGACCUCUCGGAUGUCAGUGAAUUGGUCGCCCACACCGCCGAAAAGGAGGCAUACGAUAUUGUGCGUCCUGGCAAGGUCGUCUCUGGACGCUGGGUCUUGGAGCCCCGUCCUACCAUGUUCCGCCCUACCAACCCGGAGUUCCAGAAGUACGCCGGCAGUGAGCUAUAGAUAGGGGCAGAGAAACAAAUGUGAUUCUAACGUGCCAU